UCGAUUCCUGGUUUAGUGAAAAGUUGUGGAGAUCGAACCGAUGCUCACAUCCUUUACCAAAAAGAAAAUUUGGAACGAAAUGAAAAACCAAAGUGGGGAUUCUCGCGCUCUCUCUCCAUCUCUCUCCAUCUCUCUCUCUUCCCCGUAUCAGUCGUUUUCUUCUCCCUUGUACUGUAUCUCUUUCUCUCUCCCUCAUUGAGCUUGGUUUUGAAGUAUUUUGGAUACGGGUUUUGUCUGCCAUAUUUCAUUGACAUGAAGAUGUGAUGGGCUGUAGUAUGCUACUCAUUCUCAUUCGUGAAGCUGCAGUCUAAUAUAAGCUGUUAAUUAUGGCAAAAGUCGUUGCUCCAAGCUCAUUAACUUCAGCUUCCCAUGAUAUCACCGGAGGGGCACCAAGAACUGGAAAAUCGAUUAAAAGAAAAACCCCAUCUGAACUAAGGGGAGAGCAGUUAAAACGAUCAAAUGGUUUGGAUCUUCUGGACAAAUCUCCUUCCAAUGUUUUUGCUUCUGACAAUGCUUUGGGCAAUGGACUCAAGAAGUCCGUGUUACUCAGAAAUCCAAGAUACAUCGAGACACGCAUGGAUGAGGUAUUUCCUGCAAAAAAAUCUAGGGUUAGGAUCUUAUCAGGAAAAGAUAAUGCUAAGGAAAGUAGUCAGAUGGAGCAGGCCAGCAGUUUCAUGAAUAUAUCUUCGCUUCCAAAUUUGGUUGCAAGUCAAUGUAAGGAGAAUUCCGUUGGUUCCACGGAUGUUGCCAAUGAUAAGACUGCUAAAUCUUCUCAAAUAGUUGAGAGUGGUAGCCAAAGUGUAUUUCGAAGUGUCACUGAGCUCUCAUCUGGAGGUGACAAAUUGACAGGCUUGACAUGCAUUGAUAUGGGUAAAGCAUUAAAAGGACUUGCUGCUCGGGAACCCACUGCAAUUACUAGUUUACCAUUGGACUCUUCCAAGAGAUCCAACGAUGCUUCGUCUACUUGUUCAAGUGACUUCUGCAGUGAAAGCUGCAUACUAGGUCAAAAGGCUCCACUUGAUUUGACUUUAAAAACUAGCAUGCGAGUGGUCUCCUCCUCCCCACUCAAUUGGAUCCACAAGAAAAUCGUGUCUGCUUCUUUGCCUCAGUUCUCAAUACAAAUUGGUUCUCAGGAGCAAAUUAGGAACACUAGUGCGGGACUGCCACCAGCUUCUAAAGCCGCUGAUUCUGUCGUUCUCCAUUCAUGGAUUUAUCCUCAAUCUACCUUGCCAUCCUCUCUUGUUUCAGCUUUGAAUUCAUCAGCAGCAGUAGAAGCUGAGUUCCUUAGCAGACGACAACUAGCAUGGGAGGACUCAUUUCAGAGCCUUUAUUACAUGUUUCGGAAUAAUGUUUGUAGAGUUUUUUAUGUUUGCACAUCACAAUUUGUGGUUAUGUUUACAAGUGGAGAUGCCUCACGGGGCAACAAAAACUCAUGCAACGCAUAUCUUUCCCAGUCAACAAGAGGACUGAGGUCUAUUUUGAGUGAACAUGAUGUUAGUUUCUCUAUGCCUCUUUGCCGUUCUAAAGUUGAGCAAGUUAACUCUGAUGAUUUGGUAGAACUUUCAGAGAUAGAGAAGUUUAAUUUGGGACAGAUAUACGUUUUUCAGACACGGAGAGUUCGCUCAUUUUCUGAUGUAGAUAGGAGCUCUCAAUCAUUGCUGUUUUUCAGUGAAAAUAAAGACGUGCACGGGUUAUAUGAUAUUCUAUUAAAUUACAGAUCUUUCUUGACUACAUUGGCUGGCAUGGACGUUCCUGUGUUGUUAUCGCCUGUUCCCUUUCAGAAUGCUGCUCUUUCCUCCCCUCAGGUCAAAUUCAAGGAGUUGAGAAGUGCAAACCAUAUUGCCGCAAUAUCCAAAGGAAAUUCAUCAAAAGAUGGCGACUUCAUUCAAACUUCAUCUGUUGGUGUCUCCUAUAGCUUUGAAAUCAGCGAUGCAUAUAUUCCACCAUGGGUUAUUUCCAGUGUAUGUGCAGUCAUGGGUUCCGAAGGAACAAGCUUCGAGGCUAGCUUCACUACAGUCCCUGUCUCGAUCGGUUUGAAUGUCGCUCUUGGAUCAGUAGAUUCAAAACCCGACUCUCGGGCGACAUCGAGUGAAGGCUUCCAACCUACCAACGAUGCCUUUGGAAUUCCCAACGCGAUCGCUUCUCUAUCCUUACGUUCAGGUUUAUUAAAAGGUUUGAAGUACUCGGACAGCUCUUUUACAGCCUCUCUUUCUCCUGCAUGAUCUUCUUCAUUUUGUUGUAUUGAAGCCUGUGAAUAUGACAGUAUGAUGAUCAUUCCUAUUUGUUCAUUAACUGUGUUAUUUAUCUUGUAUUUGCUUUGUAUAAUCAGAUUUUGAGUUGCAUGAUCUUCUUCAUGGCUGAGAUUGUGAAUGCAGUUGCCAUGUUUUAACAUC